AUUCCUCAACACAACACUUCACAUACCAACUCAAACUCCAAGUUAAAAGCAAGAACACCAAUUGAUCAUCAUGGCUCCUCUCAAAGUCGGUGACUCUCUGCCUGAGGGCGUCAAGUUCGAAUAUGCUCCCAUCACCGAUUCCGACCCGACUGCCUGCGGCCGUCCCCAAGAAUACGACGCCAGCAAAGAGUGGGCGAACAAGAAAGUCGUCCUCUUCUCCGUCCCCGGCGCCUUCACUCCCGGUUGCCAAGCCUUCCACCUGCCCCCAUACAUCAAGAACCGCAAGGCCUUCACCGACAAGGGCGUCGACAUUGUCGCGACCAUUGCGUCUAACGACAGCUGGGUGAUGAAUGCGUGGGGCAAGGUCAAUGGCGUCAAGGGCGAUGAGGUCUUGUUCCUCAGCGACACUAAGACGUUCUUUAGCAAGAACUAUGGCUGGGAUGCGGGUAUGGGAGAUCGCAAUGGGCGCUGGGCUAUGGUGUUUGAUAACGGUAAGGUUAUCUACGCCGAGAACGAGAAGAGCCCUGGUGAGGUCAGCGUUUCGGGUGCUGAGGCUGUACUGUCGAAAUUGUAGAUGAGAGGUGUAGCUGUGGAGGAGACUCGACUUGAGAGUUUUAGAGACCUCGUACCAUCAAAGCACGGCAAUCCAAGAAAGUGAAACAAAUCGAUAUCUCUCCCU